GAAGUUAAAUGCAAUAAUUCACAGAAGGCAUUGCAUUCCCAGUAUUUACAUGCAAAUCCCAUCAAAUUCACAAAAGAUAAACCAUCUGCCAUGGAAGCUCUAACAACUGUCAUGUCUAUUGCUCCACCUUCACUUAUCAGAAAUCACUUGUCCAAACCCAUUUUCCGUCAGAAAAAUCUCAAAUCACCCUUUCGCAGCUUAACCGAAUUUCCAAGAUCCAAAUUCACUAAGUUUACUGCCAUUUCUCCAUCGGUUUCAACCGAACCAACAUCCCCAUUUGAAGAAAAAACCGGAAGCCAUGAUCAGGAUGAGAAAUUUGACUGGUUUUCUAACUGGUAUCCACUCAUGCCUGUGUGUGAUUUGGACAAGAGGGCUCCCUGUGGGAAGAAGGUGAUGGGCCUGGAUGUUGUCGUGUGGUGGGAUAAGAACGAGAAUGAAUGGAGGGUGUUUGACGAUCGUUGUCCGCAUAGAUUGGCUCCACUUUCAGAAGGAAGGAUUGAUCAAUGGGGUAGGUUGCAGUGUGUGUACCAUGGCUGGUGUUUUGGUGGCUCUGGUGACUGCAAGUUUAUUCCUCAAGCUCCCGGUGAUGGUCCUCCGGUUCAUUCUUUCCCGAAAGCGUGUGCUACUGUUUAUCCAAGCACCGUGCAAAACGGAAUUGUUUGGUUCUGGCCAAGCACCGAUCCAAAAUACAAAGAUAUCCUCACCAAGAAGAAGCCACCAUACAUCCCUGAACUUGAUGAUCCUUCAAUUUCCUUUCAGAUGUUCAACAGAGAUAUACCAUACGGGUACGAAGUCCUGAUCGAAAAUCUCAUGGAUCCUUCUCAUAUUCCAUAUGCACAUCAUGGGAUAUUGAAAGCACCACAACCAAGUGUUAAGCUUGAUCGUGAAGGGGGUACACCCAUGGAUUUUAACAUACAAAAACUAGACAAAAGUGGUUUUACUACAACCAAGCAGCAAGAUUGUAAAUGGAACUUUGUUUCUCCUUGUUUGUUUCAUCUAAAAGACCCAGGUAGCACACAGUUGAUACAGGGAAAAUUAGCAAAAAAGCCACCUGGAGAAGGCAUUGUGAUUGUUUUAUGUAUUCCAGUGAGCCCGGGUAACAGCAGAUUGAUAGCUAUUCUACCUAGAACCUUUUGGGUAUUUAAUUCCAGAUGGGUUAACCAUAUGAUCCAGAAUUUGAUUAUUGAUUCAGAUUUGUAUCUGCUUCGUGUUCAGGAGGAGAAAUUGAUGGAAGCAGGUCCUUUAAAUUGGCAAAAAGCAUGUUUUGUGCCAACCAAAGCAGAUACUAUGGUGACUCUAUAUAGAACUUGGCUAAAGAAAUAUGCAGGUGGGCAAGUCGAUUGGGGGACCGACGUUAAUGGAGCUCUUCCACCCAUCCCUCCUAGAGAACAACUCAUGGACAGGUACUGGAGCCAUGUGGUGAACUGCAGCUGCUGCACUGGUGCAUAUAAAGGUUUUAAUGCACUCAAGAUAUCUCUUCAGGUGUUUUCAGUUGCAUUAGUGGCUAUUAUGGCUGCAACCAAACAAGGGAUGAUACCGGUUGCCGCAAGAAAUACACUUGCAGUUGCUGCAAUUUUGUGUUUUAUGGGGUCGAAAUGGCUGUCACAUUUCAUUUACAAAAACUUCCAUUUUCAUGACUACAAUCACGCCUUUAAAUGAGGUUUUUUUUUUUUACCUCCUUUAGUUCACAUUUAAUAAUCAUGUUGUAUUCGUCGAGGGAUAAGUCGAAGUAUGUGUGUGGUACCGAAUAAUUGUGUUGAUUGUUAUAGCCUGGUUUGUUAUGUUAUUACGUUGUAAUUUUGCCUA